UUUUUAUGGUGAUGGGGCAUUUUGGAUAAUAUUGGAUGAUAUGGAAAAAAGCAUGAGUAAGGCCUGGCUUUGUCUGUUCUUAGCUUCCAUAGCAGUAUCUGUCUUGCAUCAUGAGGCUAAAGUAGCAACUUACUUCUGUUCUUAGAUUUCAGUUACUUACAUUAAUUCUGGUCCAUGAUGCUGAGCCAGUCUACACUAGGAACAAAAGUCUGAAUGGUCCCUGGAAAUGCUACAUACAAUUUUUCUCCACAGGGACAUCAGUGAUGGUGAACCUUUUAGAGACUGAGUGUCCAAACUCCAUGGCAUUCCUGCACUGGGUGUCAUCUGGUGUUGGAGGGGGGACUUCUGGGAGUGCAGGAGUUCUAUCUUCUGGGGGCAGGAUUUCUGAAGGCAAGACUUCUACCUUCUAGAGGCAGGACUUUUGGGAAGCAGGACUUCUGGGCGGGGAAAACCCAAGGCACACUCUCUCAGCCCCAGGCUAGCAAUACCAAACCCCUCUCUGAUGAAUCAUACCAAGAAAACUCCAUGAUAUUUUCACCUUAGGGUUGCCAUAAGUCGGAAACAACUUGAAGGCACCACACACCUAAGUCACAUUCUCUCAGCCUCAAGGGAUGGCAAGGGCAACCCCCCCUCUACUCCUUCCCCUGCCUUUCCGUGCUUUUAACUAGCUGUUGGAGCAUUUGUGCUCCACUCCUCCCCCCACCCUCCCAUGCCUUUUAACUGGCUUCCCGAAGCCAGUUAAAUGCACAGAAGGGUGGGGGAAGAGGAGGAAAAGGUGCGUGUGCCCACAGAGAGAGCUCUGUGUGCUAGAGAGGGCACGUGUGCCAUAGGUUCACCACGACUAAGACAGAUUGUCUACACUACCCAACUGUCCAUAUGAAUUUUCCUGGGUCCACUGCCACUCUCCCCACUGCACAGACACUGAGUUUAAACAAUAAGGAAGUAUACCCUGGAUCUGGGAAGGAUGGGGCCAUUUAUUGUGUGGCCUUAUCACCCCAGAUUUUUUUUGUGGGGGGGGGAGGGUUUGUAAUGAGUAAAGUAGUGUAAACAAGGCCUCGAAGUGGCCCAAGUCUUCUAUGGUGGUGGUAGUGUGAUGCAAUGGUUUGAGCAUUAGACUAUAAAACUGGAUUCCCUGCUUGGCCAUGGAAGCCCACUGGGUGAUCUUGAGCAAGUUACACUCUCCCAGCCUCAGAGAGGAAGGCAAUAGCAAACUUCCUCCAAAAUGAAAUGCAUGCUUGUUACAAAGGCAAAAAGUAAAUAAGCACAAUUUCCUAAUCACAGGAUCUGUUCCUGGUUUUGGUCUGUUUUCUUUCCAUUCAAAGAAAUACUAUCUUCUAAAGACUGACUGAGGUCUAAGCAGCUAAUUCCCUUUAGACUCCAAAGGGAAGCAAAGUUCCUUAGAGGAACAUCCCCUCCCUUUUCAGAUCUAUUGUUCUGUGAACAGCAAAGCCUUCAUUUGCUGUGCAUUGGACUUGUUUGACAAGAACCAUAUCCCAGCAACUGGUUCUUGUAAAUGCAAAAUAACUCAAUUUAAACAAGACAGCAAGUAGUAUUUGAUAACUUGGGGGAAAGAAAGGGCAAUUUCUCUGCCCUUUAGAGAUGGGAUUACAGAAAUGUGGUGGCUGUCUGAGUUGCUUGUUAAUCCCCUUUGCGCUUUGGAGCAUUGUUAUAAAUAUCCUGCUAUAUUUUCCUGAUGGGAAAUCUUUGUAUGCAUCCAGCAACAACCUCACCAACUAUGUGUGGUAUUUUGAAGGAAUCUGUUUCUCUGGUAUAAUGAUGCUUAUGCUGGCAGUACUUUUAAUAAUCUUGGAUCAAGACACCUUUCACAAAUGCUGUCAGAAUGAGAGCUGCACUAGAACAUACAGGCGUUUUAUUUCAGUUGUGCUUGCCCUGCUAGGGAUUGCAUUCUCUGGAUACAGUCUGAUCAUAUCUACUCUGGGCUUAGUUCAGGGACCAUACUGCAGAACCGCAACUGGCUGGGAAUAUGCCUUCAAAGACACUGCAGGCCGCUACCUCACGGAUCAGACCUCCUGGUCUCAAUGCUCUGAACCUGCUUAUGUAGUGGAGUGGAACAUCAUUUUGUUUUCUGUUCUGAUAGCUCUUAGCGGUCUCCAAAUUUUGAUCUGUUUUCUGAAAGUGAUUGCUGAGUUAAAAAGGAUAUUGUGCGGGACCUAUCCUGUUUUUGUGCAACCUGCGCUGACUUGACAAUCUCAGGAAAAGACAAAAGGUGUUUCCAGAUGUACAGCUUCUAGAGACAAUUAUUCUAGAUAGUGUCUAGAAUCAAAAGGCAUUGUGGAGCCCUUCUGCAUUUCUCUGAUAAGAAAAGAAACAGAUGAAACAAUGAGGAGCGAAAGAGGAGCAUUACAAGUUGAUGAUGACAGCAUCUGGACCCCUGUGAAAUUUGGGGUAGAGGAAUUGCACAAUAUAAUCCUAGUCUGGAUGUAUUCUUAUGGAUGCCACUAUGCAUGAUAUCUCUGAUUGUGUGCUUUUGAUGUAAUUUAUAGAGUAUUACUAAAAUAAUUUCUCUGGUUUUGUAAGAUUCUUUUACAUGCUUGAAUAUGCAGAUGCACGCAGGCACACUUGAUGUUACAUAAGAAAUUACAGUCCGUCCUCGCCUUACGCGGGGGAUCCGUUCCGGAUCCCUCCGCGUAAGGCGAAUUCCGCCUAUGCUCGAGCCCCAUUGGAAACAAUGGGGCUUGUGCGCGGCGGUGCGGCAGCGUGCGCGCACGCAGCGCACAACAGGCGCGCGCACCCAUUCAAUUGAAUGGGACGCGCCGCCCCUUCCGCCCCACGCGCCCCGCGGCUUGAGCACGUAUGCUCAAGGCCACGUAUGGUGCGCCUGCGUAUGGCGCGGGCACACUGUACUCUUAUAUUUUUUUCAAUAUGUACAUUUCAAGACUUAACACCCUUCUAAGUUUACAGUUUCUGGCAUAUUCACAUUUCUAGUUUCCUUUUCCCACUCUUUUCUCUCUCUUGUCUGUCUUGUAUAUUUAAACUGUGAUACCCCUAAGGGAACUUUUAUAUUUGCAUAUUUUAAGCACAUAGUAUAGCAUAUUGUUGAUGCUUCAUGAAUAAAUAUUUGGUUCCUAAUAA